AUGGUAGCGCAGUUGGUUGCGGGUCAGCCCCGCACCAACAAGUGGCUGCGGGCUAGCCCCGCGCGGGCCAAGAAAGAAGGAGGCUCGCCCAACAGGUCAGUUGCAAGGGCCGGGACAGGUGCCAAACUCAGGUCAGCUCCAAGACGGGAACAACAUAGAAGGCAGGUUCGUGAGAACUACGCCGAGGGUGCCAAGGCGAUCCAAGCAGCAAGAGGAGUCUGGCAUCAAAGGAGGUUUGCCCAACGAGUUCAGCUGACAAGGAGCAUUCGAGCUCUUACACCAAGAGGCACCGUUGGAGAACAGGUGCGCAGGCAACUUCCUGAGGAGUGCUCGAGUUGUGACGAGCGUACCAAGAAGAACAGACCAGAAGCUGCAAAGUUUGCCAACAAAAGGCUCAAGAGGUUGACCUUUGUCCCUGUCAAGCCUGAGUUGACACCGCUAUUGCAGAAGUACCACGUUCCAACGACCAAGAAAGCUAAGAAGAAGGUGGUUGAAGAGGACGACGAGCCGGACACCACCAACCCUGUGAAUAAGAAGAAAGAUGGACCCCCAGAUCAAUCAGAUGGAGAUGGGGACAGCCCAGAUUGGGGAGCAGAUGACAGCUGUGCUGCAGCAGAGGAGCAGAUCCUGAGAAUGCAAGCUGAGAGGGCACGUGCAAUCUCCAUCAACACAGUUGAGGAGGUGCCCAGGAAUUCAAGCGCAAACGCCGCUAGUUCCUCAGGUUUUGGAAUUGUGGACACCAGAACCUUGGGGAAGCCAGAAGUAUUCAAAGGGGAUGCAACAGAGUUCCCCGAUUGGUGUUUCAUCUUCAGGUCAUACAUGUCUUGCAUCAACGUUGCAUACAAUGACCUGAUGGACCGGGCUGAGAGAAGCCAAACGCCAUUGCCCAACAGAGCGCUCUCAGAAACAGAGAGGACACUCUCAGGCCAGCUUUACUUCGUGCUGGUCAUGCUGCUGAGGAACCGGGCAUUGGACAUAGCCUACAACGCUGGAGUGUCAGAGGGCAUUGAGGCCUACAGGAGACUCUACCAGCAGUAUCACCCCAAGGUGGCGUCAAGGUUCGUGGGGAGUUUGUCCCUCAUCUUGGCCACUAAGUUUGGCACAGACAUCGAGGCCGAACUCGAGAGCUUCGACAAAACAGUGCGCCGGUACGAGAUGGAGUCGGGGAAAACCUUAGAUGAAGAAAUACUUUUGGGUAUAGUAAUUCAAGGGGUUCAGGACCAAUCAAUGAAAGAACAUCUCAUCAAGAAUGCCGCACGUCUCAAUACGUAUGAAGAUGUCAAGACUGAAUUGUUGGAGAUAGCUAGGACUAACCGUGUCCUGCAGUCCAUGCCGGUUGCAAUGGAAAUUGGUGCAACCCCCAACGCCAAAGGAAAAGGAGGUAAGAAAGGUGGUAAAAAGGGUGAUGGAAAGAAUUCCAAAGGUGACUCCAAAGGCAAGGGUAAAGGUACCCAACAAGCCCUACAAAAUCCAAACAAGGACAAAUCCUGUUUCUACUGUGGUAAGCAGGGGCAUCUCAAAUCAGAAUGCAGAAAACGUAUCAGUGAUGAAAAGAAUGCCCAAGGUAAAGGUAGCAGUAAGGGUAAGCCAAAGGCCAAGGCUAACCCCGGGAGCGGUAAGCCCCGCCCCAAUGCUGCAAGUCCUGAUGAUGAACCAGAACCGCUCAGCGCCUACCCUGAGGAGACGCUCAUUGCAGCUGCCGUCAACAAUGGCACGCAGGAGAUUUUGGUGGACACCGGGGCUGGAAGUCACUUGUUUGUAAAAGGGUUUGAUAGCCAUGCACGUUCAGUUUCAAAAGGGUCAAACGUUGGUAUGGUUACGGUUACUGGUCAACCCUUAAUCACUGGGGAGUACAAGAAAAGCACCAUAAACACAGAUGCUGGGAAAUUCACGAUCGAAUACGCAGAGUCUGACAAGAUCAACUUCUCAGUGCUCAGUGCUGGCAAGGCGGCACAAAGAGGCACGUGGACUGUGAUUGGUCCAGACGCUCAGUUUCUUGUCCCCAGCAAAUCCAGUGAAUUCAUCAAAGCAGCAAUUGAGAAGACCCCCAACAAACUUGGGUUGGUAAAGAAAAGGGGCGUUUAUUGGUUGCCGGUUUCACUUGAAAAGGGUUCAACUGGUCAUGAUGACAAGCCCUUAGCAACCAUGGUAGAUAAAAGCCCUGGAGGGGUAGCGGGUAAUGCCGCAUCCCAAAGUGCGGGUAGCACCGCCAGCUGUGUGGGAAGCACCACCGGCCAGGAAGUGAUGGCAGCCAUCAGACCUGCCAAGAAAGCUGUUCCAGCGGAAGAGUUGGAGGAAGAGGCGCGAGAACCGGGUGCAGUUGGGGAAAUGGAAGUAGAGGACAGGCAACAGGUUGAACCCCCUCUCCCUGAACUUGGGGAACCGCCUGCAGAACCAUCUGAACCAGCAAGGCCAGUAAGAGCCAAGAAAAUCCCAGAUACGGUCACCAAAGCCGAGUAUGACAACCACAUGAUUACACACCUUCCUUUUAGAAAUUGGUGUGAGUUUUGUAUGGCUGGAAAAAUUCGUGAGGAUAGUCACCGUAGAAGAACUCCAGGAGACGACAAGGAAGUCCCCAGAGUUUCAAUGGACUAUUGCUUUUUGGGCAGAGUUCUUGACAACACCAAGUCUGAAGAGACAACGGUGGCUGAGUUGAAAGAGCCAACAGAAGAAGCAGAAGGAGUCAUGCCCGUUUUGGUAGUCACUGACGAAAGAACAGGCUGCGUUUUCAGCAGCGUUGUGCAAAAGGGAGUGAAUGAUCACGCCGUCAAUGUGGUAGUAGAAGCUUUGAAGUUUUGUGGUAGACAGAAAGCCAUCCUGCAAACAGAUGCCGAACACAGCAUCAAAGCACUUGCAGAGGCAUCAGCCGUGAAGUAUGGCAAAGAGGUGCAACACCAAACUGCGCCACGUGAAUCUCACGCGUCCAAUGGGGCCGCUGAAAGGGCGGUACUGGAGCUCUCGCGACAGGUGCGCACAAACGUGAACGCACUUGAAUCAAGGUACAAGGACUUCAAGCUGAAAGUUUCCAGUGUUUCAUACCCGUGGCUUGUACGCCAUUCAGCAUGGCAAUUGACCAGAUUCCUGGUGAAGGCAGAUGGGAAAACCCCAUAUGAACGACUCAAAGGUCGCGAAUACAAAGGUGAAGUUGUAGAGCCAUUUGAAACUGUGCACUACAAACUUGCGCAAGACGCCAAAGGCAAGCUGGACGCUCAGAGCGCCAUUGGCAUUUGGGUUGGAAAAUCCCUGCAAUCCGACGAACACUAUGUCGGAACAGCAGACGGCAUCCGUCGCUGCAGAAGCGCAUGGCGCAGGCCAGAAGGGCGACGAUGGGAGCUGAAAAGAUUCGAGGCUCUCAAAGGCGUUCCGUGGCAACCCAAAGGCGAGCCAACCUUGAUGCCAGGAGCCUCAGGCACACCAAGGAUUGCAGCGCCAGGAACACCAAGCGGACGCGCCCGAGGAGUGUACAUCACAGUGGAACGGCAGAUUCGCCAUGGAUCCACAGAAGGAUGCGCAGGCUGUCACAGCUCAGACGACAACCCAAAGCCACACAAUGCAACAUGCCGAGCAAGAUUCGCAAAGAUCAUCGCCGAAGAGCGAGCGAAGGCACAACAAGGCGAAGGAAGUGCCAGCGCGCAAGUUGAAGACUUGGAAGCGCCAGCGGCCGACAAUUCCUCGUCAUUGUAUCGCGACAAGCGAGAGGCAGCGGGAACCGCCGCGCCUCAGGGAGUUGCGGGAGACUCCGCACUCUCAAUCGCACCAAGGAUCGCGGGAAGACCCGCAUCCUCAGCUGAUCCUGCGGGAAGCACCGCGGCUUCAGCAAGUGCCAAAAGACCCACAGAGGGCACACAAGAAGCCCAAAAGAGGCUGAAGGCACCAGAUCCAAAGGGAAGCAAACGAGACCCUGAGGUCAGUGUCCAAGAGCUGCAAGACGCAGAAGACAUCUCAACAUUGCUGCUACAGCAAGACGAAAGCACGCAUGCAGAAGAGAAAGGCACUUUGCCUACACUCCAUGACGUGCCACUCGCAGCAAUUUUUGAGGAUUCCCUCCUCGCCGGAUACCCAGAGUGGGGAAAUGUGACAUCAGCUUUCGACGAGAGAUCAGGCGAAGCGCUGCCUCUUGAAAAGGUCAAGACCGCUAGGGGCAGAGAGCUAGACAAGAUGAUCGAGCACAACGUCAAAACUGACAUUACGUGGGAGGAGGCCAGACGACGUGGAUUGAAGAUAGUCCGUAGUCGCUGGGUCGACGGAUGGAAAACCAUCGACGGAGAUCCAAGAGGUGUGAGGUCCAGAUGUGUAGCCCAAGAGGUGAACACAGGUCCUAGAGAGGACGUACACUCUGGAACCCCACCGCUGAAAGCUCACAGGAUGAUUUUGUCCUGUGCGGCAACCAAACGCAAAGGACAACAUCAGCACGACAAGCUGAUCGGACGUUACGACGUCAGUGUGGCAUUCUUCCAUGCCACAUCCACCGGCAAAAUCGCCGUGGUACCGCCGGAUGAUCUCAACGAUCAAAGACACCUAUGGUAUCUCAACAAGGCAAUGAAUGGAACUCGCGAAGCGAGUCGCCAAUGGUCCGAGUUUGUAGACGGAACUGUGACCAGGAAAGGCGGAUUCAGCAAUGUGCCAGGAGUCCCCGGAGUGUUUUAUCACAAGGAGUGGCAAGUCACAAUGAGUUGUCAUGGGGACGACUUUCUGGCCGAAGGCCGAGCGGAAGAUCUCGACAAAUUGGAUGAGUUCAUGCUGCAACAUUUUGAAAUCAAAGUGUUGCCGCGAAUCGGCAAUCCUGAGCACGGAGGUCAGUGCCUGGAAGGAGACCAUCUGCGCAGAGCAAUCAGGUGGACAAAAGAAGGGUUCACUUGGGAAGCAGAUCGCAAAUACGUCAAGCUUUUGACAAAAGAGCUUGGGCUGGAAGGAGCAAAGGAGUUGACACUCCGAGCUCAAAACUGA